GGAGUUGCUGUUUAUCCAGGCCUGGCGAACCAACGUGGAGGGAGAGCUUCUCGCGUUUUUAUUCGGUACAGUGCGGCCCGGUCAUCAGGAACUCAUCAUGCAAGAGCUCACGAUCCCGGUAGCACAGCUGGCGGACGAUCUCCCUCUCGACAUCAUCUCGCAAGACGACGAGCAUCUUGUUCCCCACGUACUUUCUCGCACAUUGGGACCUUAUCUUCCGAGUCAGUGGCCGGCUUGCGUAGAAGGAGUCGCGGAGUGCAUCCUGCCGUCGCAGCAACAAUAUUUGGAUCCCCGGAGGAUUCGCGAUCCUGCCUUCUUCAAGCACCCUACAGCAAAGCAGUUUGCUGCCAUUCGAGAAGAAGAGGAGGAAGAAGAAAGCAUCAGGAGUGACAAAGCCGAAGACGUGCUGGAGGAAGGCGGGGAUAGCGACGAAGAGCUCGGUGAAGAAGACGAAACCCCCGAGGAGGGAAGCUAUAGCGAGCAUAGUGAGGGGGAACAGAGCGAAGAAGAAGAAGAAGAAGAAGAAGAAGACGAGGAAGGAGAAGAGGAGCACGAAGAAAAGCCUGCUGGAUCGGAGUGGGAAGCCGUGCCGGAAGAAGCGCAGCGUACGGGUACAGAGGCGGAGGAUCUCGAGGCGGCCCGCAAAAGAGAAGAGAUCACGACCAGGAAGGAGUUAGAGCUCGCAAGCGCGGCGAGUCUGCAGAUCCACGACAACCCGAACCGAGAUCCGGAGCCGCCCCGACCUGAAGAUGGUGACCUCGCGGCCACGACUCCGACCCCAUCAACGUGGCGACGGGGCCGAUCCCCCUCCUCCCCAACCCGUCCCCCAGUUCGCCGACGUACCGAUACGAGCGAUCCUCCUUCGUCCCCAAUUACUCUCUCGCCGUCCCCUUGACUACCUCACCCUUCGCCAGCUCACCACCCCCAUC